ACAGCCUGGCGCUGCGACGGCUACUGUGACUGCGCCGGCUCCCAGCUCCUGGCAAGAAGGAACCUGGACAUGACCAGAAAGAUCUUCACAAAUACCAGGGAGCGGUGGAGGCAGCAGAGUGUCAACAGUGCCUUUGCCAAGCUGAGGAAACUCAUCCCUACUCACCCCCCAGACAAGAAGCUGAGCAAAAAUGAGACCCUUCGCUUGGCAAUGAGGUAUAUCAACUUCUUGGUCAAGGUCUUGGGCGAGCAAAGCCUGCAGCAGACAGGAGUCACUGCUCAGGGAAACAUUCUGGGGCUCUUUCCACAAAAGCCCCACCUGCCAGAUGGGGAUGACCGAACUCUACUGAAUGACUACCGAGUUUCUUCCCCUGGCCCAAGUCAUGGGGCUCCCUAGGGUGACAGUGACAGUCAGCCCCCAGGGCAGCACUCGUUAAAUAGUCAUGUGGUUCCAGACUGUGGAGAGAGGUGGCAUGGGAAGUGACUGGGACAGCAGCUGAGUGCUGAAAGGAGACUUGAGCCAUGUUGCUCUGGCCCCAUUACCCCAGAACUUCAGGCAGGCAAAAAAACAGCAAACAAAACAAUCGUAAGUUUAAAACUGCUGUCUUGCUCUCUCAUGAUGACAGUAAUGAAGACUUCCUUAUACUGGAUAUCAGAUGAAAGAACAAUGCUUGUUGCCCUCUGAAUAUAUUUAAAAGUUUACUUUGAAAAAGGAGAAAUGUUUGAUUGAGGGCAAAUACAAUAAAUGUUAAGACUGAUGAAUGAAGAGAUAGCCACUACGGAAACCAACCUGGGAGAGCUAUGGGGUCUUCUCUGCAGGGACAUCCAUCUGGAGCACAACAGUGAGGCUUGUGUGUGUGGAAAGUCUCCUUUGACCUCUGUGGAAUCAUGAUAUUCUACUUCAGUUGAAGAAGAAGAAGAAGAAGAAGAAGAAGAAGAAGAAGA